GGAAGUAACAGGAUAUUCAGGAGGAGGAGUCCUUAUCAAGUGCGAGUAUGAUAUAAAAUACACACAAAAAAAUAAAUAUUUCUGUAAGCCUUUACCACCAGGCUGUUCUGACGGAAUAAAGACAGAAGCUAAAAACGAGUGGAUACAUUCAGGAAGAUUCUCACUGUAUGAUGACACCAAAUCAGCAGAGUUUAGAGUGAUGAUCAAAGAGCUCACUGUACAGGACAAUGGGACGUACCACUGUGGAGCUGGUCAAAUUGGAAAAGAUAUUUACACACCGGUGGAACUGAGGGUAAAGGAAGGGGCAUCAGGCUCUAGAGAAGUGACUGCGUAUGCAGGAACAAGAAGCAACAUUAAGUGCACUUAUGAGGAUGAAUACAAAGACAAAAUCAAAUUUUUUUGUAAGAUCGGGACAGCUCAUCAGUGUUCAGAUCAAAUAAGAACAGAAACAAAAAAUUUAUGGACACAUGAUGGCAGAUUCUCGAUUCAUGACAACAAAAGUGCAGGAUUCUUCAGUGUGUUUAUCAGAGAGCUGAUUACAGAGGACACUGGAACAUACGCGUGUGCUGUAGCUGUGUCUGGUGAAAUAGAGAGCUACACUAUAGUGAAGUUCAAUGUUACAGAGGCCCUGUCCAUUGAGAAGUCAAUCAGUGAGACUGUCCCUGUAGGAGGAGAUCUAAAUGUCCGCUGUAAAUACCCAGAAUCCCACAGGAGUGACAAUAAGUUUCUCUGCAAAAAAACUGCAACUGCUGCUUGUUCUUAUAAUAUAACUGUUAAAGAAAAUCGAAAGAUUGUUAAUAAGGGGAAAUUCUCCCUGCAUGAUGAGAGAGCAGGACAAAUCAUGAGUGUGAGUAUUAAAAAUAUAGCUGAGCGAGACUCCGGUGAAUACUGGUGUGGAGCUGAAGCAAACUGGACAUCUGAUGAUGGAUACAAGGUUUAUUUCACACGGAUCAACCUGACAGUUACUGGAUUUCCACUUUCCACUGUGAUUGCUGUGUCUGUGACUCUGCUGGUCCUACUAAUUAUAAGCCUUAUUUUGAUUGCAACUGUAUGUAAGAGAUGCAAGAAGCAAGGCCCAGAAAUAACAACACAAACUUCUGGAGAGACCAAUGGAGAAUAUGAAAAUUACCCAAAUGCAUUUAAUUUCCAGUCAAGACAAAUGAACAACCUAUCCGAGUCUGUCUAUCAGAGUCUGGACACCAACACCAACCAAUCAGAUUCAACCUACCAAAGACUUGAUAACUGAUAAAAAAAAACUGAUAAACCAACCCAGGGGUUCCAGCAGGAUUAUGGUUCAUAGUUUGCACAAGACCACCCAGCUACCUAUGUCCAGGUGCAACGUACAUACACACAUACACCUACCCAGCCUGUAAUUGAGCAAGUAGGAAAGUAAUAUUCAUUGAAGAUUUUUUUGCACAUUAUCGAUAAAACAGCACCAUAAAACUAUGAUUUCUGUACUGCAUCCUUUUCAAAGGCCAGACUCAUUGAUACUGUUUUUUCUUGGCAGAGUCUUCACUGAAUACAAUAGGUCGCUUUUUAUAAACAGAAAAAUGUUAAGCUGUUUUUUUUUGGUGGCUUUUCAAAAUUACUUAUUUAAGAGUAUGAUUAAGUGCCAAACCUGAUGCCAUGAUGCCAUAUGAUACCAGUGACGUAAAAAAUUACCAAAAUCAUUCAAAUAGUUACAGCCGGCAACACCCCUGAACCAACCCUGGAUGCAGUUGGAGUCAGAAAUUUCCCUGUGAGAUUAAUGUUCUCAUAUUCUAAUUAGGUUGAUUUGCCUUGAUACAAACACAAUCCCAUGAGACUAAUUGUUAAGAUGUGUUGAGAUUUAAUAUUAAUCCUGCUAAUUAGUUUGUUUUCCAAUAAAAAAUUAGCAUACAUUGAUCAGUAAUAACAUCAACACCACCCCCAGGUAAACUGCAUAACUAUACACCAGCAAACUGAUUUUUUUUUGUGUGUGUGUGUGACUGGAUCAUUGGCUCCAAAUGCAGCACAAAUUACAUUAAAAAGCCAAUUUGUUAGUUGGCCAUAACAAAAAGUCAACAGAACACACAUUACACCAGAGAGGAACUAGCAGGCAAAGAAACCAAGGCCUCUGACUUGACCUAAAUUCGAUUGAGCUCCCCAGGCAUGCGCAGAAGAAACAGCAGCCAAAAAAUAUUUACAUAAAAAAGUGACAUCAGCAACCACAGGUAUUGUUGUACUGUAAAACAAAGUUAAAAACUUUGUAAUUUUAAAAUUACUGUAAAUUUGUGAAACAAUUUGUCAAGCUUGUAUGAUGUACAUUUCAAUCCAAUUGAUAGUUCUUGUAGUUUAAUUAAUUAAUAAAAGUUUGUUGUUUAUCACCUUUUGGAGGUUUUUUGAUUAGUUUAAGGUUUAAGCUCAGUAGCACUUAGUAAUCAACAGUAAACAUUUAUUUUUAUUUGGUUUUGUUAAAUUAAAUAAUUAAUUAUCAUUUAUUAUUUCCUACUUUAACCAUUAAAUCACAUUCAAUAAUUUUAUGUAAUUAUUGUCCAUAAAUAAUGCUGUAAUGAUGCAUUUGCCUCCUAAUGUUUUAGAACUUUUGGAUGAGUAAGCUUAGCCACACAUUGUUUUUCCAUUUUGUGUAAUUGUAUUUACUUAUAAUUUUAG